AUGAGUUCGGUAAAGAGUAAAGGUUCAAGUUGUUCCACAGCUGAUGUUGUGCGCAUCGAUGGAAUAUAUUACGAUACGGCAAAACUUGCAGCAAUUCAUUGCGGUGGCCCAACGAUGGUAAAUAUGGCAAAUGGUACGGAUUGCACACGUGUAUUCCUCAGCUACCACCGUCGUCGGUUUCCCCACGAAAAAUACAAGUCGCUGCAGGUUUCACCUUCGGAUGUGUUGGAUGGUGCGGUCACCGAUGAACCCGACACUACAAACUUUGAUAAAUAUUUGGACUUGUGCUCACUGAUACGUCCCGUCAUUGCCCCGACUGGAGGCUUUGCACCAUGGCAUUAUUUCAUCAAGACGUUAUUUUGGUGCAGUCUUGUUUUCUUCUUGGAUAUUUAUGCCAUAUUUGCCUUUAGGUCCUUAUACCUCACUAUCAUCCAAUCAUUAGCCAUGGCAAUGGUGGGACUUAAUGUGCAGCAUGAUGCCAAUCACGGCGCUAUUAGCCGCUACCCGCUCAUUAACACAAUUUUUGGACUCACUCAAGACAUAUUGGGUGGAAGCCGCAUCAGUUGGAUCAUUCAUCAUGAUUUCAUUCAUCACGUGUACACAAACGAACCUCAUCAUGACUUGGAUCUGGAUAUUCCCUUAUUGAGACUUCAUCGCUUCGUUCCCAAGCGGCUGUGUUAUGCAUUUCAGCAUAUUUAUUUUCUUCUUCUAGAGGCCGUGUUUGGGCCUGUUCAUGUUAUAUCCAGCAUGAAAUUUGUUUGGCAGGGUCCCACUACGAAACAGCGGUUCCUGCAGCGAGAGUGGACAAUGAGCCGAAUUUUGACACUUAUUCCACCACUGCGUCUUGCCCUUAACAUUCUUCACGCGCCAACGCUCCUCCAUGCAUUAAUCUCGACAUUCCUGCAAUAUGCAAUUGGCGGAAUGUACCUCGCUUUCUUUUUCCUCAUUUCCCACAACUUCCAUGGAGUGAGGAAAGACGGAACUGAGGUGGGGGAGUGUUUUGUGAAGGCGCAAGUGGAAACAAGUAGUAGUGUUGGUGGUUGGUGGCUGGCACAGCUUAAUGGUGGGCUAAACUACCAAAUAGAACAUCAUUUAUUCCCCCGUGUGCACCAUAGUUAUUACCACUACCUUGCUCCUAUUGUGCGGGAUUACUGUACGAAACUCGGUAUUUCGUACACACGCUUCGAUACCGUGUUGGAUAACGUCGUGAGCACCUCUAAACACCUCGCCCAGUUCGGAAAAGGCAUAGAAGACAAACGGUUGUGA